GUAACAGCAAACGAAGCAAAAGAUUUCUCGUUCUCUGUUAGUGAGUGUUGUGUUAUGAUAGUAAUUUUUGAGUUUCUGUAUUUUAAGUCAGCGUUGUUUUUUCUUGACUGUUUUUUUAAUUACAGUAUCUCAAUAAGUAUCUGUUAUCACAUGAAAUGCUUAAAGUUCCAAAAAUUGUGCCAAAGUUUUUAUUCCAGGAACUUCAGGUUCCCUCUUUCCUGGAGAGGGUUUUCAGCAAUGGACGCCGUUUUGCCUCCACCAAGGAUAGCGGACCUGUCAAAGGUGCCGUCGUGGGAAUUGAUUUGGGAACGACCAACUCCUGCGUGGCCAUAAUGGAGGGCAAACAGCCAAAAGUGUUGGAGAACGCCGAAGGAUCCAGAACGACACCAUCCGUGGUGGCAUUUACACCAUCCGGCGAAAGACUUGUUGGUAUGCCGGCCAAGCGCCAAGCGGUGACGAAUUCAGCCAAUACUUUCUACGCCACUAAGCGUCUAAUUGGACGAAAAUUCGAUGAUCCGGAAGUUCAGAAAGAAAUGAAACAUGUCCCCUUUAAGAUUGUUCGUGCCACGAACGGCGAUGCAUGGAUCGAAGCGCACGGGAAAAUGUACUCGCCCAGUCAGAUUGGAGCCUUUGUGCUAAUGAAAAUGAAGGAAACAGCUGAGAGCUACCUUGGCACUUCGGUUAAAAAUGCCGUAAUCACCGUUCCUGUAUAUUUCAACGACUCCCAGCGCCAAGCUACAAAGGAUGCCGGUCAGAUCGCCGGUUUGAAUGUGUUGCGAGUUAUUAACGAACCGACCGCAGCUGCGUUGGCUUUCGGAAUGGACAAAGUCAAAGAUCAGAUCAUUGCCGUUUAUGAUCUGGGAGGCGGAACAUUCGACAUUUCAAUCCUGGAGAUUCAGAAAGGUGUUUUUGAGGUGAAAUCGACGAACGGCGAUACUUUCCUUGGCGGCGAAGAUUUUGAUACUGCCCUUUUGCAAUUCAUCGUUAAAGAAUUCAAACGUGAUCAAGGCGUUGACAUCACCAAGGACAACAUGGCCAUGCAGCGCCUAAGAGAAGCAGCCGAAAAGGCUAAAUGUGAACUGUCCUCCGCCCUGCAGACGGAUAUCAAUUUGCCGUAUUUGACAAUGGACGCCGCCGGCCCAAAGCAUCUCAACAUGAAACUCACGCGUUCGAAGUUUGAAAGUAUUGUGGAUCCUUUAAUCAAGCGCACAGUCGAGCCGUGUCAGAAAGCCUUAAAAGAUGCCGAAGUCAGCGUAAAUGACAUUGGGGAAGUGAUUCUUGUCGGCGGCAUGACACGAGUCCCGAAGGUGCAAUCUACAGUGCAGGAUGUAUUCAAGAAAGUUCCCAGUAAAUCCGUAAAUCCUGAUGAAGCGGUCGCUAUCGGUGCCGCUAUUCAAGGAGGUGUGUUGGCGGGUGAAGUGACGGAUAUUUUACUGCUGGAUGUCACACCACUUUCGCUCGGCAUCGAGACUUUGGGAGGUGUGAUGACGAAACUGAUAAAUCGGAAUACUACAAUUCCUACCAAAAAAUCUCAAGUGUUCUCCACGGCGGCUGAUGGUCAGACGCAGGUGGAAAUCAAGGUUUUCCAGGGCGAACGCGACAUGGCUGCUGGGAACAAGCUGCUAGGACAGUUUCAGUUGAUUGGAAUUCCCCCUGCUCCACAUGGCGUUCCUCAAAUCGAAGUCACUUUUGAAAUCGAUGCCAACGGUAUUGUGACCGUAUCCGCCCGAGACAGGGGCACCGGAAAGGAGCAGAAAAUUGUGAUUCAGUCUUCUGGUGGUCUGAGUAAGGAUGAAAUUGAAAAUAUGAUUAAGAAGGCCGAGCAGUAUGCUGAGGAGGAUAAGAAGAGAAAAGAAGUUGUGGAAGUGGUUAAUCAGGCGGAAUCAAUUGUUCACGAUACGGAAGCACGAAUUGAUGAAUUCAAGAAUCAACUUCCGGCUGAUGAGAUGGCGGUUGAAAGAUCAGGCCGUCAACAGCAAAGCCGGGAAAUGAAGAAACUAUCAUGGCGGAAUGCGGAUGUUCAAGCCGAUGGGCAGUUUCAGGCUCGCUCCGCCGGUCGCAUGCCCCUCUGGAUAAUCUGGAAGAGAAUAGCCAGGAAACACGAAGAGAGUCUGAACAGCGAAAAAAAGAGGCUUUUGAUUGCUUCCAAUCGCUUGCACGAUUCACGGCUCGCACUGCGAGAAGCGUACGAUGCGCUCCAUGGUCGGGGCAUAUUAGAAGAAACCGAAAGCUUCCUAGCUGCAAAAUGUCCGCCGCAUUUGGCUUUUAUGCUGAAAUCGAAAAAGAAACAACGUCUGGAAAGGGGGCUGCUCUGGAGGGCAUUCGUGGAAAUCUACGAAACGAUGCUCUUGGAGAUUAGGGUUGAAAACGCGAGAGUCUUCGACCAGGCUUUCAUAAAACGGAUGCCGGAACUGGUCCAGGGAAUUUGGAAAUCCCGCAGCGCUCGCAUCCAUGAAUUCCCGUUGAUUAGAAACCGACGUCUGUUAGACUGCCGAUUUGCAGAUGCUGAACAUACAAACCUUCUUGUGGGGUUUUGUGUGUUAUUGCAGAAAAAUUUUAUUUUAUUUCUGGAAAAUGAUAUUAUUGUCUCUCGUUGUAUAUCUGAAGGAGAUGUCAAAACAGAAUCCGUUGAGUUUGAUGCUGUAAUGUGAUAAAACUUGAC